AUGAUUGAUAAAAAUAAAACUUUAUCCCCAAAAAUAAUUAUUUUUUCUCUUUCUAUAUUAUGUUUUAUUGUUUCUUUUAAUGGAGAAUUUGCUUUUGAUGAUCAUCGAGCAGUAGUUAAUAAUAAAGUUGUUGUUAGUCCAUCAAAUUAUGGAUUAAAUAUUAAAGAAAUAUUAAAAAAUGAUUUUUGGGGUACACCUAUGGAAUCAAAAUUUUCACAUAAAUCUUAUCGUCCACUACCAACACUUAUAUUUAGAAUUGGAUACUUAAUUAAUGGAUUAGAUACAAAGAUUUAUCAUUUUCUUAAUAUUCUUAUACAUGGAUGUAAUUCAAUACUCCUGUAUGAAGUAUUAAAAUUAUGGAUACCAAAUAUUGAAGAAAAGAUAUAUUUUUAUACAUCAAUUAUCUUUGCAACUCAUCCAAUACAUUGUGAUGCUGUAGCUAGUAUUGUUGGAAUAACUGAACUUCUAAUGACAUUUUUUUUUCUUCUUGGUAUGAGGGAAAAUUUAUUAUAUAAAAAUAAAAUAACAAUAAAAUAUAUUCUUUAUGUAAUAUUAUCAUUAUUUUCAAAAGAACAAGGAAUUAUGUUAUUACCUUUAUCAAUAUUACAAAUAUUUAUUUAUUAUAAAAAAAUAACAAAAAAGUUAUGUCAACUUAUUUUUAUGACAUUUUUUUUAAUAUAUAUGAGAUUAUAUAUAAAUAAUUUUGAAGAACCAAAAUUUUCAUCACUAGAUAAUCCAAUAUCAUUUACAAAAUCUAUAUUUUCAAAAAUUUCUACACAAUUAUUUAUCUAUCUCAUGAAUAUUAAAUUAUUGAUAUGGCCAUGGUAUCUGUCAAUAGAUUAUUCAAUGGGAACAAUACCAUUAAUAGAAAAUCCUAAUGAUUUAAGAUUUUUAAUCACUUUUUUAAUAAUAUUAUGUCCAAUAUUUUUAUUAAAUAGAAUAUCAAAAAUUAUUAUUAAAAAAGAAGAAAGAUAUAUAUUAUUUAAUAGUAUAUCAUUAUAUAUUUUAACAUUUUUACCAUCUUCAAAUAUAUUUUUUACAGUUGGUUUUGUGAUAGCUGAAAGAACACUUUAUCUACCAUCAAUUGGUUUUUGUUUAUUAUUUACUUAUUAUAUAAAUAAAUAUGAAAAUAAUAUUAAAAAAUAUAUUAAUACAAAAAUUUUUUUAAAAAUAUUAAUAUUAAUAUUAUUAAUUAAAUCAGUACAACGAUCUUAUCAAUGGUUGAAUGAAGAAGAUUUAUAUAAAAGUAGCCUUCAAACAUGUCCUAGAAAUGCAAAAUUAUACUAUAAUUUGGGUAAAAUUUAUACAAAAAAAAAUAAAACUAAUGAAGCAAUAAAAAAAUAUGAAAUGGCAAUUAAAUUAUGGCCAGGAUAUUGUCAUGCAAUGAAUAAUUUGGCAAAUUUAUAUGAAACUAUUGGUAAAUAUGUUAUUGCAGAAAAAUUAUUAAAAAAAUGUACAAUUAUUGAUUCAACGUUUCCAGUUCCAUGGAUGAAUUUAGGUAUACUACAAAUGAAAAUGGGUAAAUAUAAUGAAAGUGAGUAUAAUUUAUUAAAAAGUACCUAUCUUCGACCAAAUUCUCCUGAUGGAUUUUUUAAUUUAGGAAAUCUAUAUUUAAAUAUGAAAUUAUAUCAAGAAGCAAAAAAGGCUUAUAUUAAUGCAACAAAUAUUGAUAAGAAACACCUUCAAUCAUGGGUAAAUUUAUUAAUUCUUGAGGAGGAACAUUUUAAUUGUCAUAAUAUUGAUAAUAUUAGUAAAAUAAUUUUACAACAAAAUAAUAAUAAGGGUAUCCUUCAUCAUCAAAUGGCUAAAUGUUUUUUUAAAAUUAAUAAUUAUAUCAAAGCAAAAUAUCAUUUUGAGAAAGCAGUUGAAUUAGAAAGAUAUAAUGAUAUGUAUAGAAAGAAUUUAAAAAUUUUUUACAAAUAUAUUAAUAUGGAAAAAAUUCAUUUGUAG